AGCCUAGAAAUGAAAAGAGCUGAAAUUGUAAUGCUGCUUUGUGCAUGCACGCGUAGGCACACGCUCACAAACACGCGGUCCAUAGUGCUUGUUAAUUAUGCAUAUGAGAAGACAGUCUAGCCUGAGGUGAACCAUCAACUGGUUUAACCUUCCGUUAUAGUAACAUAUUAAUGUAUGCCAUGAUACAUGUAGCAUUGUUGUAUCAGGCCUAAAGCAUUCUCAAAAUCACAUGUAGUAUAGGCCUAUUGGCUUUUUUGUUUAAUCUGAAGCAGUGCUCGCAGAGCUCAAAGGAGCGUGGGAGUCGUCUAGGCAUUAAUAGACGUCGGCAAUAGCCUAAACGCAUAUGAUGCAGAAAUGACUCUGAGUUGGCCAAAACUAUUACGAUGUAUCUUACAAUGAGUUGCAUUCUGUGACCGUAGGCUAUGACUGAUGAAGAAAAAGAGAGUCUCGGGAUGCUGACCCCAUUGAACAGAUACGUUGCCGUGAGAGAUGGUAGUGCUGCAACAAGAGACAAGACGCGUCUUAGAUCAGAAAUAGACCAAUGCGCAUGCUCUGUCCGUUCCGUUUACAGUAUAUUCAUUGUGGGAAAAGGGCAGGCAACAAACCAAGCGGUUUUUUUUACAGCAAGGUGGCUUCUACAAUGUAAAUAAGCUCCAGGGAAACAAAAGGAAAUAUCAACAGGGCUUUUGAGGUGAUGAGACAAAAGAACAAAGGAUGCCGUAGACGAGAGGUUGCUUACAAGCCGGGAAUCUGCUUCAAAGCACACCAAAUGGAUCUAUUGCCUCCCCCUGUCGCCUCUAGAUCAUGAUACUUGGCUGAAGCUAUUACCAUAUUUAUGUUCCCUCCUCCAUCUAUGGCGAACUAUAGCCAUGCAGGGGACCACAACAUCUUGCAGAAUGUCUCUCCUCUCGUCACUUUUCUCAAACUGACAUCCCUGGGUUUUAUCAUCGGCGUCGGUGUUGUCGGCAAUCUCCUGAUCUCCAUUCUACUGGUCAAAGACAAAAGCCUGCACCGUGCACCCUACUACUUCCUGCUCGACCUGUGCGCCUCGGAUAUCCUGCGCUCAGCCAUCUGCUUCCCCUUUGUCUUCACCUCCGUCAAGAAUGGUUCCACCUGGACGUACGGCACGCUGACCUGCAAGGUGAUCGCCUUCCUCGGAGUGCUGUCCUGCUUUCACACGGCGUUCAUGCUCUUCUGUGUGAGCGUGACACGCUACCUGGCCAUAGCCCACCACCGCUUCUACACCAAGAGGCUAACCUUCUGGACGUGUCUGGCAGUCAUCUGCAUGGUGUGGACAUUGUCUGUGGCCAUGGCCUUCCCGCCAGUGCUGGACGUGGGGACGUACUCCUUUAUAAAGGAAGAGGACCAGUGUACAUUCCAGCAUCGCUCGUUCCGAGCCAACGACUCCCUGGGCUUUAUGUUGCUCCUAGCCCUCAUCCUCCUGGCUACGCAGCUUGUCUACCUCAAGCUAAUCUUCUUCGUCCACGACCGCCGGAAGAUGAAACCGGUCCAGUUUGUACCUGCCGUCAGCCAGAAUUGGACCUUCCAUGGUCCCGGGGCUAGCGGCCAGGCGGCGGCCAACUGGCUAGCGGGGUUCGGCAGGGGCCCCACCCCUCCCACCCUGCUAGGCAUCAGGCAGAACAGCAACGCGGCCGGCAGGCGACGCCUGCUUGUGCUGGAUGAGUUUAAAACUGAAAAGAGGAUAAGUAGAAUGUUCUACAUCAUGACCUUCUUCUUCCUCACUCUGUGGGGACCCUAUCUGGUGGCCUGCUAUUGGAGAGUGUUUGCCAGGGGCCCGGCGGUCCCUGGGGGUUACCUGACUGCUGCGGUGUGGAUGAGCUUUGCCCAGGCGGGUGUAAAUCCCUUCAUCUGCAUCUUCUCCAACAGGGAGCUCCGGCGCUGCUUCAGCACAACGCUCCUGUACUGCAGAAAAUCCAGGUUACCUAGGGAGCCCUACUGCGUUAUAUGAAGUUUUGGGUUGUUUUUAUGUUCUCCAUUUCCUUCCUCCACUGAUUGAACUCAGUCUGGGAUUGGUCGCGUUGUACAGCUCUCUUCCUCUUCAUCCUCCUGUUUCUCCUCCUUCCCUCUCUUCUGAGGCAGAAGUUGGACUGUCAAUCACUCCCUUGGUUAUGUGAUUGAGCAUCAAACAUGGAGGUUAAAGGGAAUGAAAUAAGCAGGAAGUUGAAAACCCCUCCUGUGUUUAUGUUCUAGUAAACAACUAUUGUGGAAGGCCAUUUAGAUGCAGAGAAGCAAAAAAAGAAAAUCACCAACGAAACCACAAAAAUGACUGACCCCUGCUUUGGAUAUUUUGUAGGUAAUUCUGUGAGGUUAAAGAUACCAGAAAAAAGAUGAAGAUGAAAAGAAAAAAAAAAA